AUGGCAAGUUUUUCUUCAAAAUCUAAUACUAACAGAUCCAUCAGUUUACCAAGCAGAUCACAUCCAGCUACUCAGAAAAUUGAAGAGGAGCUCAGUAAGCUUAAGAAUUGGGAAUUCUCGGCUUCACCAACUGCAGAAGCUGUUUACAAUGGUUUACUUGGUUUGGGAGAAGUGUAUAAGUGCAUGCCUGAUCUUCUCAACUUGCCCCUGACUCUUCAAGCCUUUUCCCAAUGCCAAGACAAAAAAUGGGUCGAUGACAUCUUGGAUAAAUCUGUGAGAUUUCUUGAUAUAUGUGGGGCCACAAGGGAGAUAGUGUCACAGUUUAAAGAAAAUGUUAAAGAUGUUCAGUCUUUAUUGAGAAGGAGAAAAGGAGAUUUAAGCAUGGAAGCCAGCUGCAGCAUUAACUAUGUUUCUUUUAGGAAGAAGAUGAAGAAAGAUGCCAAAAACUUGGUUACAAUUUUAAAGAAAAUGGAUCAUGAGGUGGUUGAAGUAAUGGAAGUUGAUCAACUUGUCUCAGCUGUUAUUAGAGUGCUAAGAGAAGUUACCACAAUGGGAAUUUCAGUAUUCCAAAUGGUUUUCGUUUUCUUGUCAGCUCCAAUUUCUAAGCCAAUAAGCAAAUGGUCUUUGGUUUCAAGAUUGGUAAACAAGGGAGAUCAAGACAAUGUAAAUGAGAUAGAAAGUGCUGAUUUUGCAUUAAACAGCCUUUUCAAGAAUGGUUAUAAUGAAGUGGAGAAGCUCCACUUUGUGCAGAGUAAAUUGGAAAAUCUAGAAGCUCAUUUUGAAUGCAUUGAGGAUGGCCUAGACAACAUCUUUAGGUGCUUGAUCAGAUCAAGGAGCACACUCCUGAAUGUUGUCUCUUGCCAAUGA